AUUCAACCCUUUAAUUUUGACACAUUUCGACCGUGACUGUUACGCUGUAUCUGACAGAUACUGCUUUCCACGAAACGGCCGUCUGGCAUCGCCUUCAUUGAACUCGUCCCGCAGGUUGGUCCUCUAAUCAUUCGUUCAACCAUAAUCACACGGCUGGCAUGGCCAGUCACCUGCUGCAAUGCCCCUCAACACCCGGCAAGGUCCAGUCCAGCCCAUUGAUGUGAUCGAGCUUUGUCAUCGGAUUGAACUACAGAAAUACGAACUAAUCGUGCAAGAGGAAGAAGCUCGAAGGCUAAGAGUCCAAGUCCUUCUGCUGCAGCACGAUGUCGAAGCUCUAAGCCGACAUCUUCAACAGAAAGAUGCGCACAUUCGACAGUUGUGCUGCCAAAAUCAGCAGUUGAACGCAACCCUGCAGUCAGCCAAUGACGCCUCCACAAAACCACAGAGAGAGCUCGGAAUACAGCUGAGAGAAAAUGAACGUCUUAAGGCCGAGCUUGGGUCCCUAAAAGGGUUGACACGAGAGUCCGUAAAAGUCCAGGAGCAGCUUGCACUCUCACGGGAAGUCAACGCGAUGAAGCUCGAGAAGUAUCACCUCCUGUCUCAGUUAGCCGAUCAGCAGGACAUUGCGUCGGAUAAAGCAUCACUAGAGCGUCGGUUAAAGUCAACGGAGGCAGCACUGGAAGAAGAGCAACGACUGCUGAGGCGACGCAUUUUGAAAGAUCAACGGGGUGAUAAGAUUAUAGAAGAGCGGCUAAGGCAGCAGCCAGCGCAAUUCGAAAGAGACGUGGCGGCAGGAGAUUUGGAAAAGGAAAGAUCGCGGGACUCUGUGGGUUUGACACAAGAAGAGCUUGAAUCCGAAGAACUUUCCAUUGCAGACGGAUUACAACGGAGUAUUCAAACACCUGCGACACAACUGGCGUUGGGAAAGCCUGAAGAGAAUCGCGUCCACGAAAAGACAAAGGGUUCUAUGCCACGGGUCGAAGCAAACGAGGGCAUGCUGAAGCAAGGGCUGGGUGCUGUGGUGUCAAAGCUCCAAGCUACAGAUGUUGGGCUCAAAGGCUAUCAGACCGCACGGGCGGGCUCCACAUCGCAGGCAUCUCGAGCAACUCUGGGCUCGACACUUAGGAGGGUUGGCAUGGCCUCCCAAGCAGCCAGUGGACGACAUCCUGACCAGGUUACCGACAAACUGGUCGAAGUUCCUGAGGAAGCGGGCCUGAAAGGUCGGAGGCAUUUUAAGAAGCCUCGGAACGAUCACAGUUUGAUAGGCGAGAAAUCGAAUUUCUCUGUGACCCCUUUCUUGGUCCGUACGAAGACGUUUGACGUGGACGCCAUGUUGGCAGACGAAGGCCAUAAGCAAAUUGGAGUUGAUGAGCUGUGCACUUGGGAUGCCCGAAUCUCCGAGUCUGGCGAUCAACCUCAGAGUAUCAAUCAGCGGUCUGAUAAUGCGAACAGCUGCACCAACAAUACGCGCCAGAAGACAGGAAGACCACGAGGCAGGCCCAGAAAGGUCCUCACUGAGGCACCCCCUCACACGCAACAUACCUCCUCGACGGGAAACACGACGACAUGUAAUCGCGACACAGCACUGCUGUCUCAUGCAGCUCCGGGAACGGCGUCUGAAGCUCUGGAAUCCAGCGAAUCAUCGAUUCUGCCCAGGGCAACCAGACCGGAAUCAAGAAAGAAACGUAAACUGGCUGGUGGUACUUCUAAGACAAUUUUCGACGACCCUGAUGAGGAUCUUCACGUCUUGGACAUGAAGCUUCUGCGGCCCGCCAUGGUUCAAGUCGGGCCAGCCAACCCAUUGGGUAAGGCCACCUCGGAUGUGCAACGUAGUUCCUUCUCCAGAGGCAGCUUUUCACCACUCAAGAAGGAUCACAGAGGUGCCCAUGCUAGCUUUCUUCCUUGAUUAAAUCUGAAAUGGCCAUAGUCAUAUACGUGAACGAGUAUGUUUGUGCAUAUAUACUUGGGCAUUCAGGCACCGGAACCUGUCAGAUACAGCGUAACCGUAAUAGUGAAACCGGGUUAAAAUUAAAGGGUUGAAUCGUUGAUUAAUUAAGCUAAUUAUGUAUAAUUGUUAGAAUAUAAAUAGAGGUACGG